GGUGGCAAUGCUACCUAUGUUGUGGGUGGGCAUCGCACUAGAAUACCCUAUUUACCAGGCAUACACGGCCAACACAAGCGCGUAUAUUGAUAUUUACACGGGUAGACCAGAACGCGACUAUUCGAGUGUACUAACGCAAGUAUGGACUUAUGCACUGUAUCUGACCGGAAUGCAGACCUGGAGUACAAAGGACACAAAGCCUAUGCUCGACAUGUGGUACGCUGCUACGCAAUGGAAUCUGUACCUAAUCUCCCCCCUGGUGUUAAUAUUCUUACGCCACAUACGAGUAGGCGUACUGCCUUCAGUUGGAAAUAAGCCGACGUCAGGCGCAAAGAGGCUUAUACUGGUCUGCCUAAUUGUGGCUUUGUUGAUUUGGACUUACUUCGCGGAGACAUGUGUAUUCAUCUGGGCUAUCGCCAACCCUCUCGAGCACCUACCCGCAUUUGUGGUAGGCAUUUUGACUGCAGAAAUUACCGUGUCCGCGUUAAAGGAUAGCAUGUCACUGCCCACACACCGUGCUUAUGAUCUACACCAAGGCAAAUGGACAAGCCUCAAACACAGAGUCUCCCGCAUAGUGACAAUCGACACCAUGGGAGCCGCACUGGUGGUGUCUGCGAUCUGCCCACUGGAAAUGUUCGGUACUUUCCAGCCAGUUGUUGCAGAUAGUGUGGCCUAUGUAUUGAUGCCACUGCUGUUCUGUGCUUUGCUGUACAGGCUCAGUAAUAUACAGCAGCGCAACUCGAGCUUCCUGAUCCUGAUUCUAAGCUGUAAACUGAUCAAUAAUGUGGGUGCGUUGUCAUAUCCUCUAUAUAUUGUGCACAAAGCUCUGGGAGACUACUACAUCAACCAGGCCGUGCACCCAGAGAAGCACAUUGACACACCACUGGCCGAGUUUUGGCUGCACGGGGAAGGGGUUGUGAUGAAGGCGACGGUCUUCUGUGCUGCCUUCGUGGUGGCGUGGUGUCUGCAACACUACUAUCAGAACAAGUUGGUGGUACCCGCGUUUGUGCGAAUCCAGACAUGGCUGGCUAGCAAACAAUAAAUGAAUACUAAAAUGAUACUUAUUUGACGGAAUAUACUAUGCUAUGAGCGUAUUAGUUCUAUUGCCAUACUAUAAAACAC